UGUAACAUUGCCACCACCGAUAUCCCUUCCCCCUUACCAUCGUCCUGCUGCCGAACCCAAUCAUCAUCCGCUGAUCAUCUUCAUCACAAGAUCACCAUGAAGAUCAAGAGGGAGAGCUCCAGGCUCCUUAAGCCCAGCUACCCCACCUCCAACCGUCCCCGCACUGACGUCUUCAUCCCUCUCAGCUCAUUCGACACGGUCAGCUUCGACACCCAUGUAGCCACCUUGUAUGCCUACAGACCACCCAACCCACCCAACACGGUCAUCGAGCAGGGCCUGCGCAAGGCUCUCGCGGAGUACAGGGAGUGGGCCGGCCGGCUCGUCUACGACGACGACGGCCGUCGCUGCAUUCUCCUCAACGACCAGGGCAUGCGCUUUGUCGAAGCCAGGUCCGACUAUCCUCUUCCCAACUUGGACGAGCCUACUCCCGACUACCUUGAGUUGCACCAGCCCAUCACCGGAAUAGAGGAGUUGGCUCAGGUGCAGCUCACCAGGUUCGCCUGUGGCUCCCUGGUUGUGGGCGUCACCACCCACCACAUGAUCGCUGACGGGUUCUCCACCAGCCAUUUCCUGGUUGCAUGGGGCCGAGCAGUGCGCGGCCUUCCCAUGGACCCUCUUCCUCUUCAUGAUCGUUCCAUCUUCGUCCCCCGCAGCCCUCCUUGCUCCCAGUUCGACCACCGUGGUGUCGAGUACGUCGACCGACGGGAAACCAAGCAUUCGGACUCCGACGACACCAUAGUGGUGCACAAAGCACAUUUCUCGUCGGAGUUUUUAGCAAAACUCAAGUCCAGGGCCGCUGUCGACAGCCCUUAUAAAAAGCCUUUUACUACGUUUGAGUGUCUUCUUGCUCAUCUGUGGAGGAAGGUCACGAGAGCCAGAGGGCUGGACGGAAAUCAGAUCACCAAAAUCCGGAUUGCUGUGAACGGGCGGGCCAGAAUGAGCAAUCCGCCGGUGCCCAUGAACUAUUUUGGCAAUGUUGUGCUGUGGGCUCUGCCGCAGUCCAAGGCCGAAGAGCUUUUGGCGAGGCCGGUAGGUCACGCAGCGAGGCUCAUACACGACGCAGUCGCUCGGGUGGACGACUGCUACUUCAGGUCCUUCAUCGACUUCUCGAGCUCCAAGGAGAAGAUGGAAGGGCUAGUGCCCAGCGCGGACGAGGACGAGAUGGUGCUGAGCCCAGACCUGGAGGUGGAUUCCUGGCUCAGGUUCCCCUUCUAUGACUUGGACUUUGGAGCAGGGUGCCCCAACCUCUUCCUUCCUUCCUAUCUUCCAGUGGAAGGACUGCUGAUUAUUGCGCCUUCCAUCAAUGGCAACGGAGAUAUCGAUGCCUUUGUUCCUCUCUUUGAGAAGAACCUGCAAUCCUUCAAAGAUGACUUCCAUUCUCUGGAGUAGGAGUAGGGGGGAAAUGAACAUUUCCUCUUUAUAAAUGAUACGAUGCAACUCUAAAUAUGAUUAAAUGUUUUUACUUCGUAGUGUAGUACAGUGAUGUAAACUUAUGAUGUCUAAGAAUGAACGCGUUGUUAAAUAUGUUUCGAAAUUGAAUGUUCAC